AUGCAGGGUGCAGACAUUAAUGUACUUGAAGCCAAAAUACAGAAAUAUUACGUCGCCAGUAAAUUGGACUUGAACACCUUCAUCCAGAAGAACCAGUGCGAAUGUUGGAACGAAUCAAACGACCACCCGAUGGUGAAUGCGCUCAGUUCCAGCGGUGGUCAUCUGGUGUUCGAUUGUGACGAACAGUUGAUCAUUUCGAUUACCUGCAAUCAGCUGGUCAAAAUCAGUGCCAUCAACACCAUCGAUGUCGAUAUGGCCGAAUCGCAAGUUUCGGUGCAGGAUCUGGUACUGGGGCAGAAGGAUCUUGUGUCGGGAUCGCCGAUUUCGUUGCACUUUGUUAAAUUUCAGAACGUGCAGGAUAUGCAGCUGUUCGUGAAGGAUAACCAUUCUGGUGACGAGACGACCAUUAUCGAUCAUUUGGCCUUCAUCGGGUCACCGAUUGCAACGACUAAGAUGGAUGACUUCCAGCGGGUGGCUGGGAAGAAGGGUGAAAGCCACUAG